GUCCAGGCUGGAAGAGAGAGAGGCUGAGGAGACAACAUGCCCACUGACGGGGAGCCCACGGUCACAGUCAAGAUGCUGCAGCUGCUGCUACUCUCCACCUACUGGGGGAUGCAGAUCUGGGUCACCUUCAUUUCAAGCUUUGUGAUGGACAACCACCUGAACAGACACACCUACGGGUUCAUCCAGAGUCGCCUCGUCCCGUUUUACCUCCACCUGGGUUCAGCUUGUGCCUUCUUCAACCUCACCAUCUACGCUGUGUAUCACCCCAGUGACAUGCUGAACGACAGAGAAGCCUUUCAGAUCUUCAUCUUCUUCGUGUCGGUGACGGUCGCGGCCGUCAACGCCCAGUGGUUCGGCCAGAUGACGUCGGAGAUCAUGGCGGACAUGCACCUGAUCGAGCAGGCGUGCGGGCUGGGCCAGGACAUCGGGCUGUCGUCGAACCGCGAAGCUUACGCCAAGCUGUGCGACACGGACGCCAAAUACAGACACAUGAGCAGUCGCCUGUGGCUCUACAGACUGCUGUCGUCCCUCUGCAACCUCUGCUGCAUAGGCUGCAACUUCUACAGCCUCUGCUACAUGGCGGAGAACCUCGGCACGCUUUAAACCGACACAGAGCUGCUGGACUGUAACAAAUAUCACUCCCACAUCAACAAUUUUCUUUAAAUCAAAGCAGUAAGUUAUAUAUUUAAUACACCAAGUCUCUCACUCUGCCUUAUUAGUUAUAAGACAAAAAAGUCAGGUUAUCCUUGUUGUGCCUUGGGGAUUAAUGAAAGGAUACAGCCACCAUGCUUUUUUUUUUUGGCCCUUUUUUUUUUUUGGGUUUUGAGACAAUCGUGGUCAGUAAAGCUGCGUUUCUCUAAAAGGUUGUAGGGAGGCAAAUAAGCACGUGCAAUGACUAAUGCCUCACCUUUCACCUAGUGUGGCUGUGGCUGGUGGCACCUUGAUAUGACACCCUCCACCCAUACCACAUGGUGCCUUUAUGCAACCUAAACAUGAGGGAUGUUGUUAAAUAUAAAAGUUGUACAUGCAGUACGGAGAAACCAUAGCAGUAAAUAUCAAAAUGUGCUACAUGUUUUUUAAUUUUUUAAAUGUAAGCUAAAAGAACAUUUUAAAAAGGGAGCGUCCUCCAUGCUGCUCAGUCCGGCUCUUCCUGUUUGGGUGCAGUUUGAAUACUUUUUUCAGUGUGGUGUCACAGGUUUGUCCGGCUUACCUGAAGAGCACCUGUGAAGUGAAAGGUUGUUUAUUAUCAUCCAUCUUUAGUUCUCCAGGCUGCUGGUAUGAAACAGAAAGAAUUGUGAAGACUUGCUGAGAUGAUGUGGGUCUAUUUUGACUAAAUGUCUGUAAUGAUAAUAGUUUGGAGCCCCCAGGAGAUGAUAAAUAACUUGCAAAGAAAACCUUUCGGGGGCUCAGUAUUGUUGUCUACUUGAAGACCUGAAUGAAAUCUCUCUCAUUGACCCUUUCACUAUUCACCACAGUACGACCUCCAUUACCUUACAGUGUGCCUCAACUGAAAAUCACAUCAGAUCUUUUAAAGAUCUACAAAGCUGUUGCAUCCGUAGCUUGAAUCCCUCAAAGUCUGUUUGACUUUGUUCUCAAAAUAUACAGCCGUGUUUGGAAUUGAAGCCAAAUAUUUGUUUUUCUUUUGUGUGAGAGAAGUUCUGGUUUAGACUUAUGUCAACAAACCUCUCCAUGCACUUUUUUUUUUUAUUUUGUAACUGCUUAGGUGAAGCUCUUAUAUCGAUGUGUUGGCUGUGUUUAUCACGUCCAUUAAACCAAAGAUUUAAAAAAAGUACAGUAACAGCACAUCAGAGCAGCUGAGUAUUUAUUCAGAAACUCCUUUUUGUGUUUUUCCUUGUUUGUUCAGGCUGGAGUGAUGAAGGUGUUUAUAAUGUAACUGCCAAAGACAAUGCAAUAUUACCUGGUUUUAAACUGCACAUCCUUUUUUAUUGUGUCGCCUGUUAGCUCUGCCAGUCUAAAUUUAAAAUAAAACUGAAUGCAAAAAUCAUUUGACAGUUUUCUGCUUAAACACAAAAGCAGUGCUGUGUAAUUUUUAGAGGAUGAUUUAACAUGAAUUUGUGGAUAUUUAUGCUAGUGCCUUAAUGUUAAUGGUUAUAAGUGUUAUUGUGGUUUGUGUAAUACUGAAUGUAAGUUGCCUGAAGACCAGUGAGGUCAGUGGUUGGUAGUGGGUUUGUGUCAAACAUGAUUUGACAGUCUGGUUUUUUUGUAUUAAAACAAGUGCUCUUUAACUUUUGUGCUUCAGCUUCUCCUCAUUUUUAUGUGGAUUUAUUUUUAAUAUUUGUUCAGCCAAAAACAAAUAAACCCAGAUUUUAUCUGUGCAGUACAGCUGCUGAUUGGAGGUCGAAAUUUGGACUUUUAUCUGGAAGUCUUUUACAUAUUUUGAGAGAUGGACAGUAUAGAAUUGGAAGCCUUUAAAAGUGUACUCAAUGUGUAUAUUUAGCAUUUUUUUUGUAUAUUUAAAAUGAAAGAAUGGUCAUUUUUAGAAAUUUUAAAAUGUUUGAAUUUUAUUAAAUAUAUAAUAUGCUUGUUCUAUGUAUGAGGAUUUGCACCUCUUAAUAAUAUAUUAACACAGUGGCACCAGGCCACCACUAGAGGGCGCUAUGAGCUUCAACAGGGAAGCACCACAUUAGAACACAUUUCUGUCAGUACAGGAAGUAAAUAUUGGAAUGAACAACCAUGUGCAAUAAGGGACAUAUUCCACUUUUAAGACCCAUCUCAAACAGCUUAAAGCUAAAUAGAACUGUGAUCACUUAGAUAUACCAUGUUUUGUUUUUUCUACUUCUCUAUUGCAUAUUUGUAUCUGUAUAUUGUCAACUUGUAAUGCUUCUGUUUUUGUAAACUGCUUAAUCCGGCAUGUUUAUUUUUAUACGGAUGUAACAAAUAAAUAAAUGUAGGUGGUCAGGA